AUGGAUGAUCUGGGAUGUCCAAGAUGUAAAACGACAAAAUAUCGAAACCCAUCCCUUAAACUUCUCGUUAACAUUUGCGGCCAUUCACUAUGUGAAAGCUGUGUAGAUUUAUUGUUCAUCAAAGGUUCUGGGGCAUGCCCAGAAUGUGGGACUGCCCUGCGUAGAAACAAUUUCCGGCUCCAACUAUUUGAAGACUCCUACAUUGAGAAAGAAGUAGAGAUAAGAAAGAAAUUGUCCAGGGACUUUAACAAGAAAGAAGAGGACUUUGACACACUCAAUGACUACAAUGAUUACCUAGAGAUGAUAGAAACAAUUGUGUUCAACCUUUCAAGUAAUAAUGAUGUUGAAAAUACAAGAAGGAUGAUAGAACAGUACAGAAGAGACAACAGAGAUCAGAUUCUGAAGAACAAAACCAAAUUGGGUCGUGAUGAGGAAUACCUAGAGAUGCUGAUAGAGCAGGAAAAACAGUCAGUUGAAGUCAGGAAACAUUUGUAUGAAGAAGAGGCCAAAAUGGACAAAAAGAUCUUGAAGAAGAAAAACAAGGAAGCUCUUUUGGAUGAGCUGGAAUUUUCUGACCUACCUGCCUCACAUAUCAUGGCGACUCAUAAAGCUGAUAUUGAACAACAGGAAGAGAGUGUCUCUAGCAUUCCUCAGCAAGCUGCAACCAAAUUCUCAACAGGCAUUCGACUGGGAAUGUCGACUGCAGACUUCGAACCAGCACCUGAACAGAAAGUGGAGGUGUAUCGCUAUAGUCCCAUGGAGUUGGUGAUGUGUGGACCUGAGCUACCAUCUGAGGAUCGCAUUAUUCAAGACGGGUAUUUAAGAAACGUGAGAGAAACAUCAAGCCAGGAGAAAGGAGGCGGCUAUGAGAGUAGAAUGGCAUGUCAGCGAGCCUUAAUGGAUGCCAUGUGUGGUCUGUUUUUCUUUCCAUGUGAAUCUCAAACAUUCCAUAAGAAGCCACAACAGGGCAGUUCUUCUAACACUUGAGACAAGCAUGUUUACUAUGUGCAAUGUGUGUGAUUAAGUAUGCUUGUGCAAUGAUUGAUGUUCGUUAGAAAACAUGUUCUAUUCCUUUAUAAUUACUUUAAAUCCUUCAUGAAUCCCUUCAUUACAACAAUCUAAUCAAUUUUCAGUCUGAAUAAGCAUGAUACAGUAUUCUGAAAAUGUGAUCAAAGUAACAAGUGACUACUAUUUAAUGAAGCAUUUAUGGAUCUUUCAGCAGUUCAAACGAAUCUAACGACUCAGAAAUGCAAUGUAGUACUCUAAAUAUGUUUUGAUCAGGGUAUGUGUACCUGUAAGGAAAAGAAGAUCAGCCUAUGGAUGUGUACUGUAUAACUUGAGGCAGUGGUAUUAGAAAGGCUAAACAAUACAGCUUCACCAUUUCAGUUGAAUGUGAAGACUAAAAUGAUGAAUAACCCCCACCCUGUGUAUUUUAACCUUAUACCAGUUAUCUCCCUUAGACUACAGACAAAGGGCCUGUGUCUGUAAGCAAAUAAAACGUUUCAUCAGUACAUAAAAUAUAAACAUUUCAGGCAUAAAUCGGGAUGGCCAAAUAUGAAUUCAGACUUAAUUAGUUGAAGUUCAUCAGUAGGUCCAUACUUAUAUCAUUAAGAUACCGUGGUCAAAUAAUAAGCAAUUUAGCCCUUGUUAAUACUGUAAGUGGACAAGCACACUUUUCAUGUCAUAUAGUGGAAGAUUUACGAAGUAUCAAGUAAUAUAAUCAUGUAGGUUGGUGCUAUAACGAACAUAUUAAAGUCAAGGUAUGGUUGGAGGUAAGAUGAAGUGUGUAAGAGUGUUGAUAUGAAAAGUAGUAAUGUUAAGAUGCGAGGUUAUUAUGUUAUUUUACAUUAAAAUAAAAAUGUGAAAUUACA